GGGCGGCGGCGCGGCGGCGCGGGGACGCGCGGUGACCGUUGGCGCCGAGGGGAGGAGGCAGCCGCCGCUGCCGCCGCCGCCGCCGCCGCCGCCGUUGCGCAGAUCCGGGCCGCGGCUGUGGGGAGGGCGACGGAGCGGGUGACCUUCCGGAGGCGGGAGCGAGCGAGGAGGCCCGGGAGCGCCGAGCGUCGCCGCCGCCGCCGCCAUGAACAACUCGGGCGCUGACGAGAUCGGGAAGCUCUUCGUGGGCGGUCUUGACUGGAGCACGACCCAAGAGACUCUGCGCAGCUACUUUUCCCAAUAUGGAGAAGUCGUAGAUUGUGUUAUCAUGAAAGAUAAAACCACCAACCAGUCUCGAGGCUUUGGGUUUGUCAAAUUUAAAGACCCAAACUGUGUGGGGACGGUGCUGGCCAGCAGACCGCACACGCUAGACGGCCGAAACAUCGACCCCAAGCCAUGCACACCCCGGGGGAUGCAGCCAGAGAGAACACGGCCGAAGGAAGGAUGGCAGAAAGGACCCAGGAGCGAUAACAGUAAAUCAAAUAAGAUAUUUGUCGGCGGAAUUCCUCACAAUUGUGGUGAGACAGAGCUCAGGGAAUACUUCAAGAAGUUCGGAGUGGUCACGGAGGUAGUCAUGAUCUAUGAUGCCGAGAAGCAGAGGCCCCGAGGUUUUGGAUUUAUUACUUUCGAGGACGAACAAUCAGUGGACCAGGCUGUCAACAUGCAUUUUCACGACAUCAUGGGCAAAAAAGUGGAAGUUAAACGAGCUGAGCCUCGGGACAGCAAGAGCCAAGCGCCGGGACAGCCAGGUGCCAGCCAGUGGGGGAGCCGGGUUGUGCCCAACGCUGCCAAUGGCUGGGCAGGCCAGCCCCCGCCCACAUGGCAGCAAGGAUAUGGCCCGCAAGGAAUGUGGGUGCCAGCAGGACAGGCAAUUGGUGGCUACGGACCGCCCCCUGCAGGAAGAGGAGCCCCCCCGCCACCCCCACCGUUCACCUCCUACAUCGUGUCCACCCCUCCUGGAGGCUUUCCCCCUCCCCAGGGCUUCCCUCAGGGCUAUGGUGCCCCGCCACAGUUCAGUUUUGGCUACGGGCCUCCACCUCCACCGCCAGAUCAGUUUGCCCCUCCCGGGGUUCCUCCUCCACCGGCCACUCCCGGGGCAGCACCUCUGGCUUUCCCACCGCCUCCGUCUCAGGCUGCCCCGGACAUGAGCAAGCCCCCGACAGCUCAGCCAGACUUUCCCUAUGGUCAGUAUGCAGGUUACGGGCAGGACUUGAGUGGCUUUGGACAGGGCUUCUCGGACCCCAGCCAGCAGCCUCCUUCCUACGGGGGUCCCUCCGUGCCAGGGUCGGGGGGCCCCCCCGCCGGCGGCAGCGGCUUUGGACGAGGGCAGAACCACAACGUGCAAGGGUUCCACCCCUACCGACGCUAGCCCGCGGCGCCGCGAUGUCUGCACGGCCCAGACCCAGGAUUCCAAACUUGUGAACUCGUGACAAUCACAAACGUGGUGGCAAAGUAGCGACUCAACCUUGGGGGGGGCGGGGGGAGGGCGCGAGGCUUUUGGAGCGGCUGUGGGUGUCGUCUGGACUGAGGUUUUUAAAUAUUUCUUUCUCUAACCCAUCAGCACAAUAAAAAAAAGUCACUGGUUCAACAACAGGGUUUAAAAAAAUGUCUUCAGCUUUAAUUCAGAACUUCAGGUUUCUUUUUCUUCCUUUUUUUUGGAAAUUAUUUCCCUGAGCCUUUUGUUUUACAGUGUAUUGUAAACUUUUAUGUUAAAGAAAAAAUAUACAUUUACAAAUUGUGAGAUUUUUAAGAGAAAUUUUCUACGAUGUAUACUGGCUUAUUUUUUAAUUUAAAACAGGGUUUCCGUCGGCACUGGUGGAGGGGGUGCGCUGUUAGUCCCCUCGCUCCUGGCUUUGGGGGUUGGGACUUGGUGGUCCGGAAACUCUGGGAGCUUCAAGAAGAAAUCUACUGAGUGUGUUUCUGUUUUUUGUUUAAUUCCUUGCUUUUGUCGACUGACCUGCUUGGUAGUGUCUGAGGUGAACUGUGGGGGUUGCGCACAGCCAGCCGCGUGGAUCCCACGCAGCGCUGAACCGAACCUAGUAGGAAGCCUUUCUCCCCAGGCACGUGGCUUCAGGGCGUUUCCCAUUGACCGGUUUGACCCUGGUUUGAAUAAAGAGAAGUGCGUUUGGAUUAGAAA